AGAGAUUGGAGCGGCGUACCCGACCGUCUGCUACGGAGCCGCAAAGGAGGAGCUUUCUGGCACGCUGGCUACGAUCUGGAAUCCUGAGAAGUCCCACAUCUUCAAUAAAGAUGAGUAGAGAUGGAGGGGAGCUCGCUGGAAGCCUUUAAAUCCUGCGCACACGUGACAAUCUCCCUCAACCGACAAGAACUGUUCAGUUCGCCCAGAUCAACCUCAUUUAUUGCAUCUCAUGGACUCAAAACCUUCUUGUGAGCAAACCCCGACCGUACUGUACAAGGAGCCAAAGGCCCGUCACCACAAAUUAUAUUGGAGGAUCGCUUUGGCGGUCGCUGCGGUGUUUGUCAUCUCAUGUGUUCACCAGUUUCAAUUUGAAACAAACUCUGCUUUCCCAACGAAAUGUCCUUUGAAUCCCCCACCGCCAACUACCCGGUUUAUUGAAAAUCGCGCUCGACUGCACCAUGUCCUCGGUGUAGCUGUUCCAUCAUAUGGCGACUCCAAUGCGACGCUGAUCGCCAUUCCCACAGGAUCGCGACCUGGGCGGGACAAUAGCGAUAUGGAGAUGGUCGCUUGGCGUCCCUCUGGAAACGUCAUGUACAUAAUGGGCGAGUUUUCAGUGUCAGACGCCUUGUUGGUGCUCGAAGCCAAUGCGGACAAGAGCGACCUGGAGGUGACAGUUUUUUUCCCUAACCAAACGCAGCGGGAACUCGUCUUUUCAGGAGGAUUCCCAGACGACACCAUACUGCGAAACGAAUUUGGCGUCUUGAGAGCCAAGAAGAUGUCCGAGUUUGCGUCGUACGUCAGGAAUCGGACAGUGAUAACAACGUCAAAGCACGGUGUCGCUCGUGCCUUGGGCCGUGUUCCGGAAGGCACCUCAAUAGUUGAAAGUGAAGAACUCAAAGGAGCGUUGCAAGAGGCCCGAUUUGUCAAAAGCCAGGAUGAACUGGAGGCCAUUGCCUACGCAAGUCGUGUGGCACGAUGGGUGCACGGGGAGAUGGAAAAGAGUAUUCGCAAUAGCAAGCACCUCAAUGAGAUCACCCUCGCCUCCCUCUUUGCGCACCUGUCGUCCCUCUGUGGAUCAAGAUUACAGGCCUACUCGCCAAUUGUGGGUGCCGGACGCCACGCCUCCAUUCUUCACUACCGCACCGGGGAAAACGAAACGACUGGCUACGCCAGCAUUGACUCACCAAAUUUUGUCCUCAUUGAUGCAGCUGGUGAAUACCAAGGAUACGCCAGUGACAUGACGCGCACCUACCCACGGCGUGGCAAGUGGUCAAAGAAAAUGACAUUGGUACACGCGAUUGUGGAAAAGACGCAGCGAAAGGCGAUUGAGACAUAUGAGCUCGGAGUGGAGCUGGCAGAGAUAAACAAAGUUGCGACUAGAACUCUGCUCAAAGAGUUAGUCCAACACCGGUUUUUCAAAGAGGGAGUAGACAUUGAGGAAUUGGUGAACGAACGGGCAGAUUAUAUCUUUAUGCCGCAUGGCCUUGGGCACCCAGUUGGUCUUGACGUGCACGAUCCUACGCCGCAAGUGCACCGUUUGAUGACAGCCUCAUCCCUUGUAUCAGGUGGAUAUCCGGCAUCGUUGCCGUGGUUCGUUACCCUUUCGGAUCCCCCAGCAAAUUACAAAAUCUUUCCUGGACAUGUGAUGACUAUCGAGCCAGGUGUUUACUUUAUUCCAGAGCUUUGGAAGCAGAUUAAGCAAGACACGGAAGGAAUUGGGCGGUUUGUGAACUGGGAUAGGGUGGAGGAAUUUGUAGACGUGGGCGGUGUUCGGAUUGAGGAUGUUGUCAUGAUUGACCGUCACGGGAAGAAAAGGAUUGUCACCAGAGAAUAGUGGAAAAGCGCUGGCGCUCGGGGCCAGUUAGUCAUUGAAACUUUUUUAACAUGCAAAUAACAUAUAUUUUGCGCUUCGGUGAAUAGAUGCAUUAUUUUGAUCCUG